AUGCGAAUUUUGCUGAUUGCAGGACUUUUGAGUGUAACAAGUGCGCAGUAUUUUCGCGAGCCAGAAAAGGUAAUAAGCGACUCGCGAAAUGUCGGCGAUCGUCUUGGAAAAUACUCCGUGGCUUAUGAAACAGACGGUGGAAUUUUGUCAAAGGAAUUUGGCUCGCGUAAAUACGAGGGAACCCCCGACGAGGCACAGCUGAUCCAAGGCUCUGUUCAGUAUAUUUCCCCAGAGGGCGAGUCUGUUUCGCUGAGCUGGACCGCGGACGAAUUUGGAAGCCAAAUUGUUGGGUCUCACAUCCCGACGCCGCCGCCAAUCCCGCCGGAGAUCCAGAGGGCACUAGAGUGGCUGAAGAAACAACCGUCUACCACCGAAGAAAACUACGACGAGGUUACUCCGGCUCCCAAAGAAGAAAAAAAUAAUAUUGUUAAAGAUCCUAAAUUAAGGAAUCAAAUCAGACGCAAUUGA